AUGUCUGGACGUGGUAAAGGAGGAAAAGGUCUUGGUAAAGGAGGAGCUAAAAGACAUCGUAAAAUUCUUAGAGAUAAUAUUCAAGGCAUUACAAAACCUGCCAUUCGUAGAUUAGCACGCAGAGGUGGUGUUAAACGUAUCUCGGGUCUUAUAUAUGAAGAGACAAGAGGCGUAUUAAAAGUGUUCCUCGAAAAUGUUAUACGUGACGCGGUUACUUAUACGGAACACGCAAAACGUAAGACCGUAACUUCGCUCGAUAGACAAGGAAGAACUCUCUAUGGGUUUGGUGGAUAA